AUGACGAUGAACAAUAACAAAUCUCAGCGCAAGACAUAUUUCAUUCUCCGUAGCACCGAGUACCAGCCUGACGACCUCAUACAACUUGGCCAGCUCAUCGAGGACCCUCGCGCUCCUUACGAGCCCUUAGCGCCUCCCAUCAGGCCUUUCCCUACCAAUGCCGUCCGUGUCAGCCACGAAAGCAACUGGUCCUUGACCAAAUCCAAAGGAGCAGCGAGACAUACUGGUGUCUUUGCACAGUUUGUUUCUUUGGUCACGGCCGAAACCUCGAUCCAUGAGUCGACCGAGACCACGCGCUCGUGGAGAGCGGCCCAGCUCGAGACAGCUUCCCUCGGACUGGGAACUAAUAAAGAAUCCGACUACGUCAGCGCUAGCGUGCAAGAGGCGGCGGUGCAGAAGCGUCUGACGCGCGAAGGGUUCUUCAAGAAAAUGGUCGUCAGCAAGAAAGUGUUGUACAUGAUCACGGGGAUCAAAAUUGCGAGAAGGCCUGGCCAGGUCUCGUACGGAGUGAUGAAGACGACGGGGAUCGACGCGAAAUUUGGCGCAGACCCUGGGACCGGGGGACUGGCCAUGCCCGGCGUACAAGGUGGCGUGAACCGUUUCAAGAAUGAUGUUGAGAGCAGCAUGCCGGAGGAGGAUUUCGUAUUUGCCUACAGACUGCGAAAGAUCCACGUCAACUUCAGCAGCAACAGAGCCCUAUUACUAGGGAGCGUAAUGUCUGGGGCCGAGCUACAUGGACAUGGUGUUGGAGGAGGUAGCGAGGAUACAAGCUCUGAAGAGGAGAGCGAUGACGAGACACCCGACGAGGUUGUCGUUGAUGUCGAUGAGCUUGAUACAGUCUUAGUUGAGAACGAAGACUUCGGACAGUCGUUACCCGCUCGGGACGCCAAGAAUACCGGCUUUGAUGAAGUCGAUGGUGAUGACUGCCUUGUCAUAGUUGCAGAUUAA